CGGCUUCGCCGCUAGCUGUCUGCCCGUCCGCCCCAGCCUUGGGGUAAAUAACUUCCCGCUCUCUUUGGCCCUUUCUUUGCAGGGGUCUCAGCCGAGGACCACACAAAGUGCAUGUCCGGGGAGGAGCCGGGAGGGUCCACGUGACAGGAAGCACUUCGCUAAAAUCACAUGACCAUUAAACUGGUAUUUGUUUUGUGUCUCGCUCCGGUUGAUGGGCACUGGCCCGAAAGUGCCUCUGGAGUGGGCGCUGGCCACGUAGGUUAUCUGGGGCGACGGUAACUACGUUCUGCAGCUUCGGGGGAGGAGGAAGGACUCCCGAGAGGAGAGCCAGCGGACCAGCUGACCUGGCUCCGGACCUUCCUCCUGCCUCUUCAAAGUCUGAUGAGCCCUCGGUGAUCUCCUGCCUGGCCAGGCUUUGACAGCUGGGGACUGCUGACCCCACCAUGACGCCCACGGACACUUGGCAGCAGCAUUCAGAUUCGGAGAGAGAGGAGCUUCUCCCUAGCAAGCCCCGUCAGCCAGGGGCUCAGUCUGUCCACUGGAGAAACCUGGUUGGUUUUUGGCUCCUGGGUCUUUGCAACAACUUCUCCUAUGUGGUGAUGCUCAGUGCCGCACAUGACAUCCUCAGCCACGAUAGGGCAGCUGACAAUCACAGCCAUGUGGAUCCAGACCCAACACCCACUCCUCACAACAGUACGUCUCGAUAUGAUUGCAACCCUGUGUCUACAGCUGCUGUGCUCCUGGCUGACAUUCUGCCUACAUUCAUUAUCAAGCUGCUCGCUCCUCUCGGCCUUCACUUGCUGCCCUACAGCCCUCGAGUUAUCCUUUGUGGGGCCUGUGCUGCUGGUAGCUUCCUUCUGGUUGCCUUUUCCCAGGAGGUUAUGACCAGCCUAAGUGGUGUGGUCCUGACCAGUAUUUCCUCUGGGCUGGGGGAGAUAACCUUUCUAGCCCUUACUGCCUUUUACCCCAGUGAGGUGGUUUCCUGGUGGUCCUCAGGCACUGGUGGAGCAGGACUACUGGGGGCCCUGUCCUACCUCAGUCUGACCCUGAUUGGUCUUUCCCCUGGGAACACACUAAUCUCUAUGCUGGGCAUUCCUGUUCUCCUGCUGGCCACAUACUUUCUGCUUCUCAAGUCCCCAGAUUCAUUGCCUUCCCAAAGAGAUGGGGCACUGGAGACCUCAGCUCAACAGCCCCUGCUAGCAGGAGAGAGCUCAAAGCCCCAUCACAACUUGAAUUUGAGCCUGUCUUUCAGUGACAGGUGGAAUGUCUUCAAGGGUCUCCUGAAAUACAUUGUCCCCUUGGCUCUGGUUUAUUUUGCUGAGUAUUUUAUCAACCAGGGACUGUUUGAGCUCCUUUUCUUCAGAAACACAUCUGUGAACCACGCCCAGCAGUACAGAUGGUACCAGAUGCUGUACCAAGCUGGAGUCUUUGUUUCCCGAUCCUCCCUUCACUGCUGCCACUUCCGUUUCAUUUGGAUAUUGGCUGUGCUUCAGUUCCUGAAUCUGGGCUUCCUGAUGGCUGAAGUGUGGUUCAGUUUCCUUCCCAGCAUCUACAUUGUUUUCCUGAUCAUUUUGUACGAGGGAUUAUUGGGUGGGGCUGCCUAUGUAAACACCUUCCACAACGUCGCAGUUGAGACCCAGGCUGAGCACCGAGAAUUUGCUAUGGCAACUGCCUGCAUAGCAGAUACCUUGGGGAUCUCUCUAUCAGGGGCCUUGGCCUUACCUCUGCAUGAUUUCCUCUGCCAGAGUCAUUGACACUUGGAUCCCUUCCUAUAGGCUGGGAACAGAAUCAGCUAGAGGAGACACUCUCCUGUGACAUCUAUAAAACCUUCCUCUGGAAUUGGAUGCAAGAGAGACUUAAUGAAUGUGCUUGUUACAGUGGGGCCAAAUGGAUGGUUGGGGGCCUUGGAAGAAUGUCUAGGAAGAUCCAUAUAAAUUUUUCUUCUACCUCCAAACUGAGCUUUUAACAUUAGGCUGCCAAUCAAGUUCUGAAAUUUGACGUUCAUGCCCUCCCAUUAACAACAUAUUUUUAUCAAAUAGCUUGCCGUCCUGUUUCCACAAAAGGAAUGUAUUUGUUCAUGAAGCAUAACAAGGCCCAGCAGACAUAUUUGGGAGUUAAAAAUGGUAUUUGAGACUCUGAAUGUGCUCAGCUAAGGGGAACCAACGAGGGGUUAGACUGCCAUUUACAAGCUGAUGUGGUAGGCUUUCAUGAUGCUACCUAGGCCUUUGGUGGGGGAGGCUUCCAUAGAAGGAACUCAAAAUAAUCAUUCCUUCCCAAUGAAUAGUAUAAAGCUUAUUUUUAUUUCAUUACAAGAUAGGGUAUACAAUGGUUCCUAGGUACCAUCUGGCUGCGGGUUAGCUAACAAUACCCCUCUGCCCCCAGUUCCUCUCCCAGUUCUCUCCUUAUUCUUCCUUCCCUGACAAUUAACACUACAGGAGUAGUCCUUGUGAUUAUCAUACCUCCCUAAAAAGAUGCAUUAAAGUGUCCAUUAAAAUCCCAUCUAAGAUGCCACUUUGGACUCUUUUGCCUUUGGGAAAAACUAUAAACACUUUUUAUAAAAAUAGCUACAUUUUGUUGCUAUUUUGCACUCCAAUCCUUUCUUAUCCCAAAGGAAGUAUCCAAAAAUCAAUCUACAACUGCUUUUUUUUGUUGUUGUUUUUUGUUGUUGUUGUUUUGUUUUGUUUUUGCAGGGCAGUGAGGGUUAAAUGACUUGCCCAGGGUCACAUAGCUAGUAAGUAUUAAGUGUCUGAGGACGGAUUUGAACUCAGGUACUCCUGAAUCCAGGGCCAAUGCUUUAUCCACUGCACCACCUAGCUGCCCCUACAACUGCUUUUAAUGUAAUGCUUACAUUUAAAGGAUCCAUGAUU